GCAACUAGAUCGUACUAGUCUGUAUUUGGGGAACAAAGAGCCCGUGCAGUCAGGGUAGGCAGAGAUUGGGUGUCGGAAAACAACUGACGGACAUAAGGUUUUCUCAGUACUGUUACUGUGUGUGGACUUGGACCAGAGUUAUCGAGAUGCGUGGCUUGUGUUCCACCCUUUUCCUGCUGCUAGUGGCAUUAAUGAUUGUCACUACGGAGGCUGGAAAACAUAAGAAAGAGAAAGGUAAAAGAGCGAAGGGGAAGUCUGACUGUACAGAAUGGAGCUAUGGCAACUGCAUGCCCAAUAAAGGCAACUGUGGACCUGGCCUAAGGGAGGGCACCUGCGAUGAUCAGACCAGGAAGCAAAAGUGCAAAGUGCCCUGCAACUGGAAGAAGCAGUUUGGAGUUGACUGCAAGUAUAAGUUUGACAGCUGGGGUGAAUGUGAUGCGACUACCCAUACCAAGAUCCGCACUGGUAUCCUGCUGAAGGUUUUCCACCAAGCCGAGUGCCAGAAAACCAUCACGGUCUCCAAACCUUGCUCCACCAAGAGCAAGUCCAAAGGCAAUAAAGGCAAGAGAAGAGGAAAUUAGAGAGAGGAGGAUGCAGGAGAGGAGGGAGGAGUCUUUGUGAGAAGACCAGCACCCUAACCCCCAAGCCCCCAAACCCAGCCCUCCAACCCCCAAGUCCCCAAACCUAGCCCUCCAACCCCCAGGCUCCCAAAUUCCAACCUUCUAACCCCCAGACUCCCAAACCCAGCCCCCCAAAUUCCAGCCUGCAACCCCCAUCCCUCCAACCCCAGCCAUUCAUUCCUCUCUUGCGUUGUCUGCCGAUUGAGUUUGAGACAGGAUGUGAUUGGUCUCAGGCAUGAGAACUUUGGUCUUCACCUGUAAACUCACAAAAUUCCCUUAGUCCAUAUUCUAAGAAACACAGGUAUAGCAACAAUGAUACACCUGACAUGCUGUAUGAAAUGGCUAUUCCCAAGAGAGUGAAUUGCUGAUGUUUGGAGAAGACAUUGCUGUCCCCACCCCUAGGGCACUCUGUGCAUGAUUACUCUGUCAUUCUCUGACAAACAUUAUAUUUCAUAUAUGAUGCAAGAAACCUUUUUUCACUUACCUAUCCACACACACACACACACACACACACACACACACACACACACACACAUAGACCAAUCUGUGUGCUUUACUUCUAUAAAUCCACGUUUGUAAUGCAGUUGUGUGCUAAUGCAGUUAUCUGAAUCUGAAUAGCAAUUUGAGUAGUGUCUGUUUUGGAAAAUCUUGGCUUUUUUGUAGGUUGAAAGUAAGAAUCAUGGAGUUGCCAUUUGAAAUAAAAGCUAUUUUUAAAAGUAA